AUGGCUAGCAGAGUUGAACAACUUCACAAUGUUUAUUGGGAGAAUGGAGUUUUGACACAAGAAUUGCCGAAAUUGGAUCAAAUCAAAAAACAUGUCAAAGAAUCAAUCAAAUCAUUGAGACAAGAUCAUCGCCGUUAUCUCAAUCCAACACCAUACAAGGUACUUUUUUUGUAGGGGUUUUGAAAAUUAUUGAAAAUCAGCAAAAUGAUGAUAUUCAAAAUUGAAAAAAAGAUUAGAACACUUUCUCAAAGAUUAGAUUUCACAAAGAAACCUAACCUCGCCCAAGAACCCGGAAAAAAACACACAAGAUAGUUUAUUCCGGCACCUGAACACCCUGUUCUUACAGCCCUACUAAUAGUAAUCGUAACCCCACUUCAUGUCAGAAUAAUUUUUUCCGCAUACUUUAUUUACCCGAAAUCAUCAAUUUUCAUGUUUCUGAUUUUUCAAUUUAAAAAAUCUCAACAUUUUUAUCCCAACCAAAAAAUUUCAAGUUUUAAAAUGUUUUUGAAAAUACAGACAAGUUUCUACAACGAGUUUUAGCUCCAACAUUUUUUUGUAUCAAAUAGUUCGGGUUUGGAGCAUAUUUUUUUCGAAAAACUUGUCUGGUACAUCAAUCAUCCGAAUCAAAAAUUCCUUCCUAUCAAUAUUUUUUCCAGGUCUCCGUGUCCGAACAACUUUACAAUUUCCUUCACAGUCUUUGGCUUAAAAAUGCUCCGAUUGGACAACUCGAAUAA